UACUCUAUCGUUUCUGAUAAAAAAUAAAUAGAAAAAAAUUCUAAAAAUAUUUAAAGUCUUAAAAAGUUUUCAUUUUAAAGUAAUUCCAACAAGAAUAAAAAUGAUGUAAAGGCUAUUUGAAAUUAUAUAGUAAAAUAAGUCGUAAAAUCAAGAUUUAACACAUAUCCUAUACAAAUACAUAACUCCAGUUAAUUAGAGAAUAAAAGAAUGUAAAUAAAUUUUAGAUCAAUAUCCUGACUAUGUUCCAUUAAUUAUUGAAAAACAUCCUAAUUCAAAGCUUGAUGAUUUUAAAAAGCUCAAACUAGUUAUUUAAGGCAAAAUGGACAUAUUGAAGGUUUAAUCAGUAAUCAGAAAUAAUAUUAAAUUAAAUGAAAAUGAAGCUGUAUCAAUAUUUGUACAUAACGGUUUCAUGGAAUAGCUAAAACUUUUAAACUUAGGUUCGCGUUUGUCUGAUUUAUAUAAAUCUUAUAAAUCUACUGAUGGAUUUCUGUAUAUUACUUAUUGCGAAUUUAGUUCGUUCGGCUGAGAGAUAUCCUAUUAUUAGUUUGCUUUGAUUUAAAUUCUAAAAUAAUAUUUUCUUAAUAAAUCUAAUAGUUUGAAGUCAUAAUAAAUAGGAUUAAAUUAUUUAUCAUAAAGAAAUAAUUAAUAUUCUCAAAAAAUAAUAAAUAUUUUUUCAUUAAUUUAUUAAAAUAAUUUCAAAAAUUAUUUAAGCAUGUUUUAUAAUUUAUUUUU